GGCGGACAGCCCCUGUGGCUUCUUCCGUGCAGGCGGAGUCGCGGUGCAUUGUGGGCUUCUUUCUCUUUCCGGCUUCAGCUCGGGACGCCGCAGGAUGGGCAAGUGCCGGGGGCUGCGCACGGCCCGCAAGCUCCGCAACCACCGGCGCGACCAGAAGUGGCACGACAAGCAGUACAAGAAGGCGCACCUGGGCACCGCGCUGAAGGCCAACCCCUUCGGGGGCGCGUCCCACGCCAAGGGCAUCGUCCUGGAGAAGGUUGGUGUAGAGGCCAAGCAGCCUAAUUCUGCCAUCAGGAAAUGUGUCAGAGUCCAGCUGAUCAAAAACGGCAAGAAAAUAACAGCGUUUGUUCCUAAUGAUGGUUGCUUGAACUUCAUUGAGGAAAACGAUGAGGUUCUGGUUGCUGGCUUUGGUCGGAAAGGUCAUGCUGUUGGUGACAUUCCAGGAGUCCGCUUCAAGGUUGUCAAAGUAGCCAACGUUUCCCUGCUAGCCUUGUACAAAGGCAAGAAGGAGAGACCAAGAUCAUAAACUGUUUUUCUCUGCCAAGAAUGUCAAUAAACAAUUGGGGGGGAAACUCUUGUGCUUUCCUUAAUUUUUUGUGUUAUUUUACUGUAAUUUAAUUAAAUAAUACUGUAUCCCAACCCCUGAAACUUCCUCUUUACACCUAACCUUUUUCUCAUAGGAGAUACUUUACUUUUGAUCAGGAUAAAGGUGUUCACAUUUCUUAAUUUAACCAGUAUUUGUGAUCCCUAGCUAGAGGCUUGCAAGACUUUUCUAAAAAUAGCUUCCUCAAAUGAGAUUCUUAGCAUACAGACAGUAUGAGAGCUGCAUGGUUUUACUUAAAGUUGACUUAACUGGAAAAAGCAUUAAAUUAAAAUUGUAAUUUUUUUUAAGCAUUGCCAGUGUUCUAUUGUAGUGUAGGUGCCUGUAGAGGAGAACACGAGUGCUGUUGAAAUGUUCUCAGGUUUAAAAAAUUAAGUCUAGUUGAAAAAAAAUCUUUUUUCCAUUAAAAAAGGUUUUGAUGUCCCUAAUGAGAAGCAACAAUAAGAAUAUUUAUUGAACUAUAAAAAUCUAAUACGUGCUAUUCCUCAUUGCUAGCCAUUCUAUGGAGAUUUCUCCAGCCCAAAGCCUGGAGUAUCAUCUGUGGUGUCUGCGAUGGAGCAGUGCCUGUGCCCCAUCUCUAAAUGUUGGCACAUAAGGAAUCCCUGUGGUUAGGAGUUUCUGGCUCUGCUCACAUUUUAUGUAGUGAAUAUGGGGAGGGAAUUUAUCCUUCAACUCAAAAUCCUGGGCUGAGAUCACACCACUUGUUUCUGGUGCUGUGUGGAGCUUCAAGGUACUGCUCUGUUCUACUUGGUGUAGGUGAGGCCUCACCUUGAGUACCUGGGUAUGCUUUUAGACAAAUUGGAGAAAGUCCGAAAGAGAGCAACAAGAAUAAGGUUUAGAAAGCAUUAUCUGUGAAGAAAGGUAGAAGGAACUGAAAUUAGUUUGCAGAAGCUUAAAGGGGGUGAAUUGGGGAAGUCAAAACUUCCAAACAAAGUGUUCUAAAGAGGUAGUAAUAAAUGCCUCAGUUCACUGGGGAAAACACCAAAACAAAUUAACUUAGUUUGCAUGAAAAAUUCAUGUCAGAUAGCAAAGCAGCUGAGCUGUGAAAUACUGCUGCUGGCUAGUCAGGGAGGCAUCUAUCCCUGGGGCUUUUAAAGAACAAGUUAAACAAGUAUUUGACAGGAAUGGUAUUAGGUACACUGGUCCUGUCUCAGUGGAAGGAGAUGGCCUAGAACUCUUAAGGCCCAUUCAAGCCUAUAUUUCUAUGAUUGAAAUGUAUCCUUACACCUAGUGAGGCUUCCUGUGGUGCAAAUGAAAAGCAACCGCUACCCAUUGUGCAGGCAAAUGUUAGCUCAUGCUCCCCUCCCAGUAUUCAUCUGUUGUCUUCAACUGUGAAAUCUCUGGACAGGAACCAUCUUUUUCUCGAUGUGUGUAGUAUGCAACCCUAUGGGAUCCCGGUCUGUAACUAGUACUUGUAAAUGCUGAGGAUGAUGUAUCUAAUAAGCUAAAUGGGAGUGUAGGGUCCCUUUUGUGGGCAAUGGAUGCAAUUUCUUAGAGAGGUAGUGUUACACAAAUCGCCAUCUGCUCAAAUCACGAGCAAGACCUUAUGAAGGGGAUAAGGUAAAGUACCGCCUUUAUUGAUUACGCACUUCAUACACGCACCACAUUCAUACCCCAUUUUCUGUUCUACGCUGGUAUACAUUACCAGUUUUAUCGGUGCUCGGCUCAACUUAGUGGCCAGCCAAGUUGAUCGCAAGUGGGAGCUGGGCUCCUGCCGGUCCAUUUAGUAAGAAGAACCGAUGCUUCAGGAUGACAUGUAGAAUAAGACCCAAAAUCGAUAUGUCUCGCCCCAUCUUUUAUAGCCUUGUAAAUUUGCCCAGUCCUCUGGGCUUUUGCUGUGUUAUCACUGUGUUCUUCCUUGAAGGUUGAUUGAUGUUGUUCUCUCGCUGUUCUGGGAUGGAUUCUUCUUGUUUUGGCUUUUUAUCUGUUUGCAUUCUUCAGCCAGUUGCCAGCUGAUGUUUUUCUUUUUCACAGACUCUCUCACCCAUUCUCUCACACAUACAGUGUACAAAGGUCGAGCACUUGUGUCCAGCUACAGAGCAAUACAAAAUGGAGUUUCUUAAGGCAAUGCAGAACUCAAGAAAAUGCAUAAGAUUAAGGCAAUAGGCAAAAGUUUAUCUUCAUGUUAUUUACCUAAUAUAAAGCUGGUAUUUAUGCCAUUUGCAUAACAUUCCUUUUUUGAUUCUUUAGAACGUUUUGUUUUGAAUGAUUACUUUAUAAUUUUUGCAAGGCUAUAGUGAAAGAAUUAAGGCAUAUGAUUUUAAUUAAAAAAUCAUUUGUUUUAUUUAACAACACAUAUAAAAUAUUACCAUUAGCACUAUUAUAGUUUUAUAUAAAGAUGAUGAUAAUAGGAUGCAACGUAACAUUUAGGACCGCUGUUCAUGAUGGUGACCAUUCCUUGAAAAUAUGAUACUAAUGGUGUAUUAAUAUUUGUUUAGGUUGUUUAGAUAUUUUUAGAAUUUUUGACCCUUAGUGUAAAAUAGUUAUAGUACACAGUUAAGCUUGUUCUUGUGUUGUAGCAGUAAGAUAACUAAUUUGUGAUUUUUUUUGUAACCAAAAAUUUAAGACAGUUCAAUUGAUUCCUAAAGAGAAAUGGAAAUCAGUUAAAUUAUUUCCAUUUCCAGGGAUGAUUUCCUUUAAGACACUUGCACAAUUUAAAAUCCUUAAAAGAAAAGUAACAAAAACAUAACAAUAUGCUGAUAAAUUUUAACAAAGCAAUAAGCAGGGCUAAGUUAGACUAUUUAGAGUUUGUACCAUGCAGUUUUCUCAUUAUGUGCAGCUUUUAUCUAUGUCUGUUAAAUAAUUGGUUAAGUUUGAUUUAUGACACACAAAUAUAUUAAAAAUAGAAGAACAUAAAUAUAAAUUAACACUGGUUUUUCUUUAUCAGUGUUUAACAGCCAGUGUUUUUUAAUUCAUCAGUGUUAUUGGGCAUCCUGUGGCUUUUAAAUAAAUGUAAUGCAUUACAUUUCAUACACCACUGAAUAACUUUAACUGAAAUACAUGUACCUAUUUUGAUUUUUUUUUUUCCAAUUGUAUUUCAUAUACCACUGGACUAAGAUAGUUAAUGAUAGACACUGGUUCAAUUCACUUGGAAUUGAAAGAGUUUUUUUCAGUUGUGUAUUUAUAACUUGAUUAUUAUUUUUUUCAUAAGAAUGGGUUGCCAGGUUUUUUUCUGUAUUUUUCCCCUGCAUUUGUUGAAUGGAUCUUUGUAUUUGAAAGGGUUACCUUGUUCUUUUUUUAAUUGUGCCAACCAUUUAUACACAUUGUAGUUAGUGGCAUCUCCCACAUCAUUAAACUGAUUCAUGUUAAUUACCAACUGUAUGGGCUGUUUAAAUAAAAUUUGAUAAGGUGAUAACAACCAGUUAGUCUAGAAUUAAAGACAAUUUAUUCAUGAAAUUUAUUUGUAACCUACUUCACAGGCCUCCCCUCCUUGGAUGAAAUAGUGAUUAGGACUCAGAAGUUCGGGCCUCUUUUCUUGCAUACUAGACAUAAUUAACUAUUCAGGGUUUUACAUCAUUUUAUACAUUUGUUCGUUUUGUAUUUUGUUUUAAUUAAUAAAGAGUUUCCUUUACUUUUUUAUACAAAUGCUGAUGUGCUAGGUUCAUCAACUUUUGCUUUUCUUGUAAAAUAAUGGGUUAAUGCAGUUUUUUACACACAUGCUGGUAUGUUGGUGUUAUAAAUAGUAUCUGUAUUGAAAUACAAAUAGCUUUAAAAACAUUUUAUUAGGUUGUUUACUAAACACACAUUGUUUUAAUAAAUGCCACUUUGCUAAACAAGUAAACUUUAUAACUUGAAACUUU